AUGGAAAACAGGAAGAUUAGCAUGAUAAGUGAGUUGGCUCUCUCACAAGAUGACUAUACCAUUAAGGUCCGUGUCAUCCGUUUGUGGAGACAAACUUCAUGGAAUCAACAACUUCGUAUGAUUGGCAUGAUAUUGAUGGAUGAAAUGGGCUCAAAAAUUGAAUGUAAUGUGGACAAACCAUUUGCAUCGCUUCAAGGAAAAUCUUUUGAAGAAUAUGGUGAUUACUACAUUCAUAAACCCACAUUAGGGUUAAGUGAAGGUGCUAUAAAAGGACAUGAAGUUUUUGUUACCCUAUGGGGAAGGUAUGCUGAUGAAAUUAAUGCAUAUGUCUCUAAGCAUACCGGUCAUUUUGUAUUGCUUAGUCAAUGUGCUAAGUUGAAACUUGUCUGA